CAUUUCCAAUUCUCUCUGCCAAGUAGGAUCCCCCUGUAUCCCACGAUUUUUAUUUAAUACCCACACGAAUCGAAGAACAGUUCAUUUCAUUUUCUUUGCUAUUCAAAAUUAUAAAGCUUAUAUAUAAGCACAUCACAUAUUAACUUUCCCAGUCCAUAUUUAGUAUGAGACAUGGGUAUUUUUAUAAAGCAAGAACCCCCUGUUCUUCGUUAUGUUCUCUUUGUGUUCCUCUUUUCAUGUCCUUCUUUGACUCCCAAAGCAGUGGCACAGCAAGCAACUACUGGAAAUGAGUUUCAAUAUGCAAGGCUCAAUCCCCCUUUAGCAAUUAUCAUAAUUGUUCUAAUUGCUGCGCUUUUUUUCAUGGCAGCCUUUUCUAUUUACAUCCGACACUGCACUCAGUCCUCUGCCAUGAGCGGCAGCGUCCGACGAGCGCUAUCCUUGCGCCGCCGUGCUGCGGCGGCGCGUGGACUUGACCCAUCGAUUAUUGAGACUUUUCCGACUUUUACUUAUGCUGAAGUGAAGGAUCAUCAAAUUGGUAAAGGAGCUUUGGAGUGUGCUGUUUGCUUGAACGAAUUUGAAGAUGAUGAAACGCUGCGUUUAAUUCCAAAGUGUGAUCACGUUUUUCAUCCUGUGUGUAUUGAUGCUUGGUUGCAAUCACAUGAUACUUGUCCUGUUUGCCGCGCUAAUCUCAACCCUCAACCCGAUGAACCGCCGAUUCAAGUUCCUCAGUUGAUCCGAGAUGAACCGGGGACUGAGCAGCAACAGCAAAACGAUGAAGUUUCGAUACGCAUAGCGAGUGACGAAGAACAAAGACAACAAGAGGACGAAGGUUCUGUUAGACCUACCGUGAAGAGGAAUUUGAGCUUCAACGUGACGAACCGGGUUCCCAAGCAAGAAGAAGGCGGUUCAGUUAAAUCGGGAGUUAAGAGAAAUUUGAGUUUCAACGUGCCGAUUCAACCACCAAGAUCAAUUUCCAUGAGGCCAAGGAUAUUCAGCAAGUUUAGAUCACACUCGACCGGACACUCACUAGUACUACCAGGUGAGAAUUUAGACCGGUACACUCUCAGAUUACCGGAGGGAGUUCGGAAAGCGGUAAUGAACCGGGCUAAAAGCUUUGGAGGUACUUUACCAAGAGACACAAGCUCUAGAAAAGGAUACAGAACCGUUACCGGAGAUGGAAGCAACAGGGGUUCUAGAUCUAACAAAAGGGUGGAGUGGUCUGAACCGGAAGCUAAAUCGGACCGGUGGAUUUUCAGCAUGGCGCCACCAUUCUUUUCAAGAGGCUCAUCGAUAAAGUCACCAAGAGUUGGAGCUGAAGCCGGCGAGGGUUCCACUUCAGGAAGUAUGAAAACCGCCGUCAAAUUGCCGUCAUUCAAAUGCUUGGAACCAAAAGGCGAUGAAGCCUCUUUGAUGUCAGCUGACUCGGCUCGACCGCCGGUUUAGUAAAUCCGCAUUCCGGUUCGAAGUAAACCGGAAUAAUUUGGAGUCGGCAAUGGUGUAAGGUAAUAGAAGACUUUUCGUGGGCUAUGGGAAAGGAGAUUGGGCCCCUACCUAGAAAACUAAGGAGCCCAUAGUUGACUUUAAAUUUAUUUUUUACGAGAAAACCAUUUUUGUUUUAAUUUUUUUGUUCUAUAAAUAAAAACAUUUUCAUUUUUUUUUUGGUUUUAAGAUUUUGUACAUAUCAAUAGUUGAUGUAAGCAAAUAAUCACUUAUAAUUUUAUUUUUUUCCCUAUUGGAUAAUGUCCUCUAGUGACGUAAGUAUAUGUUUUUUUUCUUCUUGAUGUAUGGUCUACUGCAAUUUUGGUAAAACAGAAAUCUAAAGUAAAAAGUAGACUAAA